AUGAUGGCACAAAACUUAACGGGGCAGCUUGUUGGUUCAGAGAUACAUGGCUUCCACACUUUGAGUGAUCUUGAUGUUGGAGAUACCUUGGAGGAAGCUAAAAGCAGAUGGCUUCGACCAAAUGAGAUUCAUGCCAUUCUCAGCAAUUACAAAUAUUUUACUAUCCAUGUCAAGCCAUUGAAUUUGCCCAAAAGCGGUACUGUUGUACUAUUUGACCGCAAGAUGCUUAGGAACUUCCGAAAAGAUGGGCACAACUGGAAAAAGAAAAAUGAUGGGAAAACUGUUAAAGAAGCUCAUGAGCACUUAAAAGUUGGUAAUGAAGAGAGGAUCCACGUAUAUUAUGCACAUGGCCAAGAUUGCCCGAGCUUUGUUCGAAGAUGUUAUUGGCUGCUUGAUAAGAGUCUGGAGCACAUAGUCCUUGUUCAUUACCGUGAGACACAAGAGUCUCAAGGCUCUCCUAUUACACCGGCAAGUUCAUUAGGCUGCGGAUUGACACAGUCUCAAAACUCUCCUUAUACACCGGUAAAUUCAAAUUCGAGCUCUAUUUCUGAUCCAACUACGUCGUGGAUUCCAUCAGAAGACUUAGAUUCUGGAACCAAUAGUGCUUUUACUAAUGGUGGAAGUCUUGAACAGAAGCUCCAUGAGAUCAAUACACUUGAUUGGGAUGACCUAGUGGCUUCUCAUGUUAAUACCACUACUAUACCUAAUGGAGGAGGAAACGAACCACAUUUCUAUCAACAAAAUCAAAUCUUAAUGAAUGGAAGUGUUAUCAAUGUUGCUGGUAGUCCUUCUGCAGAAGAAUGUGUUAACCCUCAGAAGAAUCAUGCGAUCACUUUGGGCUGUGGUGAUAUCAUGGAGGACACUUUAGUCAAUGAAGGCUUGCAAAGUCAGAACAGCUUUGGAGUAUGGAUGAAUAAUGCCAUAUCUGAUAUACCAUGUUCUGCAGAGGCAUCAGCUCUUGAAUCAUCAAUUGCUUCAUCUGGUCAUGAUUCGUUUUCAUCCCUGCCGAUAGACAAUAAUCAGCAACCUUCACUUCCAGAACAAGUGUUUCAUCUCACUGAAGUGGCCCCUGCAUGGGCUUCUUCCACUGAAAAAACAAAGGUCCUGGUAACUGGAUAUUUUCACAAUGAUUAUCAACAGUUUGCGAAGUCCAAUCUAGUGUGCGUCUGUGGCGAAACAAGUGUUCCUGCAGAAAUUGUUCAGGUUGGAGUUUACCGAUGCUGGGUAAUGCCGCAUUCUCCAGGAUUCGUAAAUCUCUAUUUGAGCUUUGAUGGCCAUAAGCCUAUUAGCCAAGUUGUUAACUUUGAGUAUCGUACUCCUAUUUUGCACGACCCUACUUCUUCGAUGGAAGAAACAUACAACUGGAUUGAAUUUCGACUUCAGAUGAGGCUUUCUCAUUUGCUUUUUAGAACGCAAAAGACCAUUGACUUUUUCUCUAGUAAAGUAUCACCUACUGCACUCAAAGAGACCAAAAAAUUCGCCUCCAAAACAAUAUUUAUUUCCAAAAGUUUGCAACACUUUAUGAAGUCGUCCGAGGCAAACACAAGUCCAUUUCCGCAAGCAAAAAAUACCUUUUUCGAAAUUACGUUGAAGAACAAAUUAAGGGAAUGGCUUUUGGAACGAAUUGUACUAGGAUGUAAGACUGCGGAGUAUGAUGCACAAGGGCAAGGUGUGAUUCAUCUGUGUACACUUUUGGGAUAUACUUGGGCUAUUACAUUAUUUUCAUGGUCAGGCUUGUCGCUCGAUUUCCGUGACAAACUUGGAUGGACAGCUCUUCAUUGGGCAGCAUAUAAUGGAAUGGAGAAAAUGGUUGCAACUCUGUUGUCUUGCGGGGCAAGGCCUAACUUGGUGACAGAUCCAACUCCACAAAAUCCCGGUGGCUGUACUGCUGCUGACCUUGCUUACAUGAAUGGAUAUGAUGGUUUAGCCGCUUAUCUUUCGGAAAAGUGUUUGGUUGAGCAGUUCAAUGACAUGAGCUUAGCUGGAAAUAUCAGCGGUUCACUCCAAACCGCCACAACUGAUCCAGUCAAUCCUGAGAACCUUACUGAGGACCAAUUGUACCUAAAGGAUACAUUGGCAGCUUACCGAACAACAGCUGAAGCAGCAGCUCGCAUACAAGCUGCGUUUAGAGAGCACUCGCUGAAAUUGCGUUAUAAGUCGGUUCAAUUUAGCAGCCCGGAGGAGGAAGCUCGCCAAAUAGUAGCAGCAAUGAAGAUUCAACAUGCCUUUCGCAACUUUGAGACCAGGAAAACGAUGGCGGCCGCUGUUCAUAUUCAGCAUAGAUUUCGUACGUGGAAGUUGCGUAAAGAAUUUCUCCACAUGCGACGCCAGGCUAUAAAAAUUCAAGCUGCAUUCAGGGGCUUUCAAGUGCGUAGGCAAUAUCGUAAGAUUUUAUGGUCUGUUGGAAUUCUUGAGAAAGCAAUUCUGCGUUGGCGUUUAAAGAGAAAAGGUUUCCGCGGGCUUGAGGUGAAUCCUGUCGAAGACAUGAUAAAUGAGAAGCAUGAAAGCGAUGUAGAAGAAGACUUCUUUAAGACUGGUAGGAAACAAGCAGAAGAACGUGUUGAGAGGUCCGUGGUACGUGUACAGGCAAUGUUCCGAUCAAAAAAAGCGCAACAAGAGUAUAGCAGGAUGAAGAUGGCCCAUAGUCAAGCAAAGCUGGAACUUGAAUUAGAAGACCUUCUCAAUUCUGAUGUGGACAUGUUAACAACAAAGACAGCAUAG